CACUUCCGCCCCCUCCCGGGAGGCGGCGCUGGGCCGGUGGCAAGCCCCCGGAGGGAGCCGCAGUAGUACGACGAAAGAUGGCGACGAGCGGCGGCGAAGAGGCGGCGGCAGCAGCUCCAGCGCCCGGAGCCCCGGCGACCGGGCAGGACACGACCCCGGGCUGGGAGGUGGCGGUGCGGCCCCUACUGUCCGCGUCCUACUCCGCCUUCGAGAUGAAGGAGUUGCCGCAGCUGGUGGCCUCAGUCAUCGAGAGUGAGUCAGAAAUCCUGCACCACGAGAAGCAGUACGAGCCAUUCUACUCGUCCUUUGUCGCACUGUCCACACACUACAUCACCACGGUCUGCAGCCUCAUUCCCCGGAACCAGCUUCAGUCGGUGGCAGCUGCCUGUAAAGUCCUCAUUGAGUUUUCCCUCCUGCGUCUGGAGAACCCGGACGAGGCAUGUGCUGUAUCCCAGAAACACUUGAUUCUGCUGAUAAAAGGCCUGUGCACUGGCUGUAGCCGACUAGACAGAACAGAGAUUAUCACCUUUACAGCAAUGAUGAAAUCCGCCAAGCUUCCGCAGACAGUGAAGACGCUUUCAGAUGUGGAAGACCAGAAAGAGCUGGCCUCACCAGUAAGCCCCGAGCUAAGGCAGAAGGAGGUACAGAUGAACUUUUUGAACCAACUGACCUCAGUGUUUAACCCUAGAACUGUGCCAUCUCCUCCCACUAGUCCACAGGCUCUGGUGGAAGGGGAGAGUGAGGAGCAGUCACCUGCAGACCAGGCCUCUGCUGCCAAGACCAAGAGUGUGUUCAUAGCUCAGAAUGUGGCUAGCCUGCAAGAGCUUGGGGGCUCCGAGAAGCUACUCCGAGUAUGCCUGAACCUGCCCUAUUUCCUGCGCUACAUCAAUCGCUUUCAGGAUGCUGUGGUGGCCAAUUCCUUCUUCAUCAUGCCUGCGACAGUAGCUGAUGCCACCGCUGUUCGGAAUGGUUUUCAUUCACUGGUGAUUGAUGUGACCAUGGCCUUGGAUACUCUGUCCCUGCCUGUGCUGGAACCCCUCAAUCCUUCUCGUCUGCAAGAUGUGACAGUGCUCAGUCUCAGCUGUCUGUAUGCAGGUGUGAGUGUGGCCACCUGUAUGGCCAUUCUUCACGUGGGGAGUGCCCAGCAAGUGCGGACAGGGUCCACGAGCUCCAAAGAAGACGACUACGAAAGUGAUGCAGCCACGAUUGUUCAGAAAUGUCUCGAGAUCUACGACAUGAUUGGACAGGCCAUCAGCAGCUCCCGCCGUGCUGGUGGUGAGCACUUCCAGAACUUCCAGCUGCUGGGUGCCUGGUGUUUGCUCAACAGCCUCUUCCUCAUACUGAGCCUCAGUCCCACAGCCCUGGCCGACAAGGGGAAAGAGAAAGACCCACUGGCUGCCCUCCGAGUCAGAGACAUCCUUUCUCGUACAAAGGAGGGAGUAGGCUCUCCCAAAUUGGGGCCUGGCAAAGGGCAUCAGGGGUUUGGGGUCCUCUCGGUGAUAUUGGCUAACCACGCCAUCAAGCUGCUGGCGUCUCUCUUUCAAGACCUGCAGGUGGAGGCACUGCACAAGGGCUGGGAGACAGAUGGUCCCCCUGCAGUCCUGAGUAUUAUGGCUCAGAGCACCUCCACACAAAGGAUUCAACGGCUGAUUGACUCUGUCCCACUGACCAACCUGCUCUUGACUUUACUUUCAACUUCAUACAGAAAGGCGUGUGUCCUGCAGCGGCAGAGAAAGGGCUCCAUGAGCAGUGACGCCAGUGCCUCCACCGACUCCAACACCUACUAUGAGGAUGACUUCAGUAGCACGGAGGAGGACAGCAGCCAAGAUGAUGACAGUGAGCCUAUUUUGGGGCAGUGGUUUGAGGAGACCAUCUCUCCCAGUAAAGAAAAAGCUGCGCCUCCUCCUCCUCCACCACCCCCUCCCCUGGAGAGUUCUCCGCGGGUUAAAAGCCCCAACAAGCAGGCAUCCGGUGAGAAGGGCAACAUCUUGGCCAGUCGCAAAGAUCCUGAGUUGUUCUUAGGCCUGGCUUCCAACAUCCUGAACUUCAUCACGUCCUCCAUGCUGAACUCUCGCAACAACUUCAUCCGGAACUACUUGAGCGUCUCCCUUUCCGAGCACCACAUGGCCACCCUGGCCAGCAUCAUCAAGGAGGUGGACAAAGACGGACUCAAGGGGUCAUCAGAUGAGGACUUCGCUGCUGCCCUCUAUCACUUCAACCACUCCCUGGUGACUUCUGACCUACAGUCCCCAAACCUGCAGAAUACACUGCUCCAGCAGCUGGGUGUUGCUCCUGUCUCUGAAGGCCCUUGGCCCCUGUACAUUCACCCUCAAGGCCUCUCUGUGCUGUCCCGCCUCCUGCUUAUCUGGCAGCAUAAAGCUGGGGCACAAGGUGACCCUGAUGUCCCUGAAUGCCUGAAAGUGUGGGACAGGUUUUUGACUACGAUGAAGCAAAGCGCCCUGCAGGGGGUGGUGCCCAGUGAGACAGAAGACCUAAACGUGGAGCAUCUGCAGCUGCUGCUGCUCAUCUUCCACAGCUUCUCAGAGAAGGGCCGCCGGGCCAUCCUGACCAUGCUUGUGCAGAGCAUCCAGGAGCUGAGUGCUACCAUGGAGGUGCAGAUGCGCUCUGCGCCACUGGUCCUGGCCCGCCUGCUCCUCAUCUUCGACUACCUGCUUCAUCAGUACUCCAAAGCCCCUGUGUAUCUGUUUGAGCAGGUGCAGCACAACCUGCUAAGUCCCCCUUUUGGGUGGGCAAGUGGAUCCCAAGACAGCAGCAGCCGCCGAGCCAACACUCCUCUGUAUCAUGGGUUCAAGGAAGUAGAAGAAAAUUGGUCCAAACAGUUUUCAUCAGAUGCAGCCCCACAACCCAGGUUCUACUGUGUCCUGUCUCCAGAGACCUCCGAGGAGGAUUUGAACAGGCUAGAUUCUGAGGCAUGUGAAGUUCUUUUCUCAAAGCUUGUCAAGUACGACGAACUUUAUUCCUCGCUGACUACCCUGCUUGCAGCUGGAUCUCAGCUCGAUACAGUCAGGAGGAAGGAAAAUAAGACCGUGACAGCCCUGGAGGCCUGCGCCCUGCAGUAUUACUUCUUGAUUCUCUGGAGGAUCUUAGGAAUGUUGCCACCUUCAAAGACUUACAUGAACCAGCUGGCCAUGAACUCCCCUGAGAUGAGUGAAUGUGACAUCCUACACACUCUGCGGUGGUCGUCCCGCCUCCGGAUCAGCUCCUCCGUCAGCUGGAUAAAGGAUCACCUUAUCAAACAAGGCAUGAAGCCUGAGCAUGCGUGCUCUCUCGUAGAACUGGCCGUCACCAAGUGUAGUUCAGUGAAGUACGAUGUUGAGAUUGUAGAGGAGUACUUUGCCCGACAGAUCUCGUCUUUCUGCUCCAUCGACUGCACCGCUGUUCUCCAGCUGCAUGAGCUCCCUAGUCUGCAGUCCAUCUACACCCUGGAUGCCGCCGUCUCCAAGGUCCAGGUCUCUCUGGAUGAGCACUUCUCUAAGAUGGCAGCAGAGACUGAUCCUCAUAAGUCAUCGGAGAUCACCAAGAACCUCCUUCCGGCCACGCUGCAGCUCAUUGACACCUACGCCUCGUUUACCAGAGCCUAUCUGCUUCAGAACCUUAAUGAAGAGGGGUCCACCGAGAAGCCCUCGCAAGAGAAGCUGCAGGGCUUUGCAGCGGUCUUGGCUAUCGGCUCUAGUAGGUGCAAGGCAAACACACUGGGUCCAACCCUGGUACAGAAUUUACCGUCAUCAGUGCAGUCUGUCUGUGAGUCCUGGAAUAACAUCAAUACCAAUGAGUUUCCCAACAUUGGGUCCUGGCGCAAUGCAUUUGCCAACGACACCAUCCCAUCUGAGAGUUACAUCAGUGCCGUGCAGGCUGCUCACCUGGGGACUCUGUGUGGCCAGAGUCUGCCCCUGGCGGCUUCCCUGAAGCAUACCCUCCUCUCCCUGGUCAGGUUGACCGGAGAUCUGAUUGUGUGGUCAGAUGAGAUGAACCCAGCACAGGUCAUUCGGACUCUGCUACCGCUUCUCCUGGAGUCAAGCACAGAGAGCGCUGCUGAGAUCAGCAGUAACUCCCUGGAACGCAUCUUGGGACCUGCGGAAUCUGAUGAGUUCCUGGCGCGUGUGUAUGAGAAGCUGAUCACGGGCUGUUACAACAUUCUGGCCAACCAUGCGGACCCCCACAGUGGGCUGGAUGAGUCCGUCCUGGAGGAGUGUUUGCAGUAUCUGGAGAAGCAGCUGGAGAGCAGCCAGGCCCGGAAGGCCAUGGAGGAGUUCUUCUCUGACGGUGGGGAGCUUGUGCAGAUCAUGAUGGCCACGGCCAAUGAGGACCUCUCUGCUAAAUUCUGUAACCGAGUCUUGAAAUUCUUCACCAAACUCUUCCAGCUGACUGAGAAGAGCCCUAACCCAAGCCUCCUUCACCUCUGUGGCUCUCUCGCCCAGCUUGCGUGCGUGGAGCCAGUGCGCCUGCAGGCCUGGCUCACCCGCAUGACAACGGCACCCCCAAAGGACUCUGACCAGCUGGAGGUCAUCCAGGAGAACCGGCAGCUGCUGCAGCUACUGACCACGUACAUUGUUCGGGACAACAGCCAAGUUGGAGAAGGUGUGUGUGCUGUGCUUCUCGGCACCCUGACGCCCAUGGCAACAGAUAUGCUGGCGAACGGCGAUGGGACCGGCUUCCCCGAGCUCAUGGUCGUGAUGGCCACUCUGGCCAGUGCCGGGCAAGGAGCGGGUCACCUGCAGCUUCAUAACGCUGCGGUGGACUGGCUGGGCAGAUGCAAGAAAUACCUGUCACAGAAGAAUGUGGUUGAGAAACUGAAUGCCAAUGUAAUGCAUGGAAAGCAUGUGAUGGUCUUGGAGUGCACUUGUCAUAUUAUGUCUUACCUGGCUGACGUCACAAAUGCCCUGAGCCAGAGUAAUGGCCAAGGAUCAAGCCAUCUGUCAGUGGAUGGGGAAGAGCGCGCCAUUGAGGUGGACUCGGACUGGGUGGAAGAGUUAGCGGUGGAGGAGGAAGACUCCCAGGCUGAGGACUCGGAUGAAGAUUCUCUUUGCAAUAAACUGUGCACCUUCACCAUCACACAGAAGGAGUUUAUGAACCAGCAUUGGUACCACUGUCACACCUGUAAGAUGGUGGAUGGGGUGGGUGUGUGCACAGUGUGUGCGAAGGUGUGCCACAAGGAUCAUGAGAUUUCCUAUGCCAAGUAUGGGUCCUUUUUCUGUGACUGUGGAGCCAAGGAAGAUGGCAGCUGCUUGGCACUGGUGAAGCGAACGCCUAGCAGUGGCAUGAGCUCCACCAUGAAGGAGUCAGCCUUUCAGAGUGAGCCCAGGGUGUCUGAGAGUCUGGUGCGCCAUGCGAGCACCUCCCCUGCUGACAAGGCCAAGGUCACCAUCAGUGAUGGAAAGGUCACUGAUGAAGAGAAGCCCAAGAAGAGCAGCCUGUGCCGUACAGUUGAGGGGUGCCGUGAAGAGCUACAGAAUCAGGCCAAUUUCUCCUUCGCUCCUCUUGUGUUAGACAUGCUCAGUUUCCUCAUGGAUGCCAUUCAGACCAACUUUCAGCAGGCUUCAGCCGUGGGGAGCAGCAGCCGGGCGCAGCAGGCUCUCAGUGAACUGCACACGGUGGACAAGGUCGUGGAGAUGACAGACCAGCUGAUGGUUCCCACCUUAGGCUCACAGGAAGGUGCCUUUGAGAAUGUGCGGAUGAAUUACAGCGGAGACCAGGGCCAGACUAUACGGCAGCUCAUCAGUGCCCACGUGCUCAGGCGGGUGGCCAUGUGUGUGCUGUCUUCCCCACAUGGGCGCCGCCAGCAUUUGGCCGUCAGCCACGAGAAGGGCAAGAUCACGGUGCUGCAGCUCUCAGCGCUCCUGAAGCAGGCAGAUUCCAGUAAGAGGAAGCUGACUCUAACCCGCCUGGCUUCUGCCCCGGUUCCCUUCACAGUGCUGAGCCUUACUGGAAACCCCUGCAAGGAGGACUACCUGGCAGUGUGUGGGCUGAAGGACUGCCACGUGCUCACCUUCAGCAGCUCUGGCUCUGUCUCUGAUCACUUAGUGCUACAUCCCCAGUUGGCAACAGGGAACUUCAUCAUCAAAGCCGUGUGGCUCCCUGGUUCGCAGACUGAGCUAGCCAUUGUCACUGCAGACUUCGUCAAGAUUUACGACCUGUCGGUUGAUGCCUUGAGUCCAACCUUCUACUUCCUCCUGCCAAGCUCUAAGAUAAGAGAUGUUACCUUUCUUUUCAACGAGGAAGGCAAGAACAUCAUUGUCAUCAUGUCCUCUGCUGGGUACAUGUACACACAGCUCAUGGAGGAGGCCAGCAGUGCCCAGCAGGGCCCCUUCUAUGUCACUAAUGUGCUGGAAAUAAAUCACGAGGACCUGAAGGACAGUAACAGCCAGGUGGCAGGAGGUGGUGUGUCUGUGUACUACUCACACGUGUUGCAGAUGCUUUUCUUCAGCUACAGUCAGGGCAAGUCCUUUGCAGCCACUGUGAGCAGGAGCACUCUGGAGGUGUUGCAGCUCUUCCCCAUCAACAUCAAAAGCUCCAAUGGUGGCAGUAAGACUUCUCCCGCCCUUUGCCAGUGGUCCGAGGUGAUGAAUCACCCUGGCUUGGUGUGCUGUGUUCAGCAAACUACUGGCGUGCCUCUGGUGGUCAUGGUGAAACCAGACACAUUCCUCAUCCAGGAGAUUAAGACUCUUCCCGCCAAAGCAAAGAUCCAGGAUAUGGUUGCCAUUAGGCACACUGCCUGCAAUGAGCAGCAGCGCACAACCAUGAUCCUGCUGUGCGAGGACGGCAGCCUGCGCAUUUACAUGGCCAACGUGGAGAACACCUCCUACUGGCUCCAGCCGUCUCUGCAGCCCAGCAGCGUCAUCAGCAUCAUGAAACCUGUGCGAAAGCGCAAGACGGCUACAAUCACCGCCCGCACGUCCAGCCAGGUGACCUUCCCCAUUGACUUUUUUGAACACAACCAGCAGCUAACAGAUGUGGAGUUUGGUGGUAACGACCUCCUGCAAGUCUACAACGCACAACAGAUAAAGCACAGGCUGAACUCCACGGGCAUGUACGUGGCUAACACCAAGCCCGGUGGCUUCACCAUCGAGAUCAGCAACAACAGCAGCACCAUGGUGAUGACGGGCAUGCGCAUCCAGAUCGGGACUCAGGCCAUUGAGCGGGCCCCGUCCUACAUCGAGAUUUUUGGCAGAACCAUGCAGCUUAACCUGAGCCGCUCCCGCUGGUUUGACUUCCCCUUCACCAGAGAGGAAGCCCUGCAGGCUGACAGGAAGCUGAACCUCUUCAUCGGUGCCUCUGUGGAUCCAGCUGGUGUCACCAUGAUAGAUGCUGUAAAAAUUUAUGGCAAGACUAAAGAGCAGUUUGGCUGGCCUGACGAGCCCCCAGAAGACUUCCCUUCUGCCUCCGUCAGCAACAUCUGCCCUCCUAACCUGAACCAGAGCAAUGGCACUGGAGAGAGUGACUCAGCCGCUCCAGCCACAACCAGUGGCACUGUCCUGGAGAGGCUGGUUGUGAGUUCUUUGGAAGCCCUGGAAAGCUGCUUUGCUGUUGGCCCAAUCAUUGAGAAGGAGAGAAACAAGCACGCAGCCCAGGAGCUGGCCACGCUGUUGCUCUCCCUGCCAGCGCCUGCCAGUGUCCAACAGCAAUCAAAGAGCCUCCUGGCCAGCCUGCACAGCAGCCGCUCAGCCUACCACAGCCACAAGGACCAGGCCUUGUUGAGCAAAGCUGUGCAGUGUCUCAACACAUCCAGCAAAGAAGGCAAGGACUUGGACCCCGAGGUGUUCCAGCGCCUGGUGAUCACAGCUCGCUCCAUUGCCGUCACGCGUCCUAACAACCUUGUGCACUUCACCGAGUCAAAGCUACCCCAGAUGGAAACAGACUGUUUUUCUCCCAGAUGUGCCUGCUGGAAUCUAGGGAUAGUUGGCAUAUUGAUUGGGGCCCCACUUGAAACUCCCUCCGCAGAAGGAGCAGAUGAGGGGAAAGAGCCACAGAAGCAGGAAGGAGAUGGCUGUAGUUUCAUCACUCAGCUUGUAAACCACUUCUGGAAACUCCAUGCGUCUAAGCCCAAGAAUGCCUUCCUGGCACCUGCCUGCCUGCCAGGGCUUACUCAUAUUGAAGCUACGGUUAAUGCGUUGGUAGACAUUAUCCAUGGUUAUUGUACCUGCGAGCUGGACUGUAUCAACACAGCAUCCAAGAUCUACAUGCAGAUGCUGCUGUGUCCUGACCCUGCCGUGAGCUUCUCCUGUAAGCAAGCUCUGAUUCGAGUCUUAAGGCCCAGGAACAAGCGGAGACACGUGACAUUGCCCUCCUCCCCUCGAAGCAACACUCCAAUGGGAGACAAGGACGACGAUGAUGACGAUGAUGCAGAUGAGAAAAUGCAGUCAUCGGGUAUCCCUGAUGGUGGGCACAUUCGCCAGGAAAGCCAGGAACAGAGUGAGGUGGAUCAUGGAGAUUUUGAGAUGGUGUCAGAGUCCAUGGUCCUGGAGACUGCUGAAAAUGUCAACAAUGGCAACCCCUCUCCCCUGGAGGCCCUGCUGGCCGGUGCUGAAGGCUUCCCUCCCAUGCUGGACAUCCCACCUGAUGCAGACGACGAGACCAUGGUUGAACUAGCCAUUGCCCUGAGCCUGCAACAGGACCAGCAAGGCAGCAGCAGCAGUGCCCUGGGCCUGCAGAGCCUGGGACUGUCGGGCCAGGCACCCAGCUCUUCCUCUCUGGACGCAGGAACCCUCUCUGACACCACAGCAUCAGCUCCAGCCUCAGAUGAUGAGGGCAGCACCGCAGCAACUGAUGGCUCCACCCUGCGGACCUCGCCAGCCGACCAUGGCGGUAGUGUCGGCUCCGAGAGCGGGGGAAGUGCGGUGGACUCGGUGGCCGGCGAGCACAGUGUGUCUGGCCGGAGCAGUGCGUAUGGUGACGCCACAGCUGAGGGUCACCCGGCUGGACCAGGGAGCGUCAGCUCCAGCACAGGUGCCAUCAGCACCACCGCUGGGCACCAGGAGGGAGACGGCUCUGAGGGAGAAGGAGAAGUGGAAGCUGAAGGAGAUGUGCACACCAGCAACAGGCUACACAUGGUUCGUCUGAUGCUGUUGGAAAGAUUACUGCAGACACUGCCCCAGUUACGGAACGUCGGAGGUGUCCGGGCCAUCCCGUACAUGCAGGUCAUUCUCAUGCUCACCACAGAUCUGGAUGGAGAAGAUGAGAAAGACAAGGGCGCCCUGGACAACCUGCUCGCACAGCUCAUUGCUGAGCUGGGCAUGGACAAGAAGGAUGUCUCCAAGAAGAAUGAGCGCAGUGCUUUGAAUGAAGUCCAUUUGGUCGUGAUGAGGCUCCUGAGUGUGUUCAUGUCCCGCACCAAGUCCGGAUCCAAAUCGUCCAUCUGUGAGUCGUCUUCCCUCAUCUCCAGCGCCACAGCAGCAGCCCUGCUGAGCUCAGGGGCUGUGGACUAUUGCCUCCAUGUGCUCAAGUCUCUGCUGGAAUACUGGAAGAGCCAGCAGAAUGAUGAGGAGCCUGUGGCCGCCAGCCAAUUGCUGAAACCACACACGACUUCUUCUCCGCCAGAUAUGAGCCCAUUCUUUCUCCGCCAGUAUGUGAAGGGUCAUGCUGCUGACGUGUUUGAAGCCUACACCCAGCUGCUCACAGAGAUGGUACUGAGGCUCCCCUACCAAAUCAAGAAGAUCGCAGAUACCAGCUCUCGAAUACCUCCUCCUGUCUUUGAUCACUCCUGGUUCUACUUUCUCUCUGAGUACCUGAUGAUCCAGCAGACCCCUUUUGUCCGUCGCCAAGUCCGAAAACUUCUGCUCUUCAUCUGUGGAUCAAAGGAGAAAUACAGACAGCUCCGAGACCUGCACACCCUGGACUCCCAUGUGCGUGGGAUCAAGAAACUGCUGGAGGAGCAGGGCAUCUUCCUGCGGGCCAGCGUGGUCACAGCCAGUUCCGGCUCCGCUCUGCAGUACGACACGCUUAUCAGCCUGAUGGAGCAUCUGAAGGCCUGCGCAGAGAUUGCCGCCCAGCGCACCAUCAACUGGCAGAAGUUCUGCAUCAAAGAUGACUCUGUCCUGUACUUCCUCCUGCAAGUGAGUUUCCUGGUAGAUGAGGGGGUGUCCCCCGUGCUGCUGCAGCUGCUCUCCUGUGCUCUGUGCGGCAGCAAAGUGCUCGCAGCCCUGGCAGCCUCCACGGGCUCCUCCAGUGCCACGGCAUCCUCAGCCCCUCCUGCAGCCGGUUCUGGACAAGCCACAACUCAGUCCAAAUCUUCCACUAAAAAGAGCAAAAAGGAAGAAAAGGAAAAAGAGAAGGAGGGUGAGAGCUCUGGUAGCCAGGAGGACCAGUUGUGCACAGCUCUUGUGAACCAGCUGAACAGAUUUGCAGACAAGGAGACUCUGAUCCAGUUUCUGCGCUGCUUCCUGUUGGAGUCCAACUCUUCCUCAGUGCGCUGGCAGGCCCACUGCCUGACUCUGCACAUCUACAGAAACUCCAACAAGGCUCAGCAGGAGCUCCUGUUAGAUCUCAUGUGGUCUAUCUGGCCAGAACUACCAGCUUACGGUCGGAAGGCUGCCCAGUUUGUGGACCUACUGGGCUAUUUCUCCCUGAAAACUGCACAGACUGAGAAGAAGCUGAAGGAGUAUUCACAGAAGGCUGUGGAGAUCCUGAGAACUCAGAACCACAUUCUCACCAAUCAUCCCAACUCCAACAUUUACAACACCUUGUCUGGCUUAGUGGAGUUUGAUGGCUAUUACCUGGAGAGUGAUCCCUGCCUAGUGUGUAAUAAUCCUGAAGUGCCGUUUUGUUACAUCAAGCUGUCCUCCAUUAAAGUGGACACGCGGUACACCACCACCCAGCAGGUGGUGAAGCUCAUUGGGAGUCACACCAUCAGCAAGGUGACAGUGAAAAUUGGGGACCUGAAGCGGACCAAGAUGGUGCGGACAAUCAACCUGUACUACAACAACCGAACCGUGCAAGCCAUCGUGGAGCUGAAAAAUAAGCCAGCUCGCUGGCACAAAGCCAAGAAAGUUCAGCUGACGCCUGGACAGACAGAAGUCAAGAUUGACCUGCCUCUGCCCAUCGUGGCCUCUAACUUGAUGAUCGAGUUUGCAGACUUCUAUGAGAACUACCAGGCCUCCACAGAGACCCUUCAAUGUCCUCGCUGCAGUGCCUCUGUCCCCGCCAACCCAGGCGUCUGUGGCAACUGUGGCGAGAAUGUAUACCAGUGUCACAAGUGCAGGUCCAUCAACUAUGAUGAGAAGGAUCCCUUCCUCUGCAAUGCCUGUGGCUUCUGUAAAUAUGCGCGCUUUGACUUCAUGCUUUACGCCAAGCCUUGCUGCGCAGUGGAUCCCAUCGAGAACGAAGAAGACCGGAAGAAGGCUGUUUCCAACAUCAACACACUUCUGGACAAAGCUGACCGUGUGUACCAUCAGCUCAUGGGACAUCGGCCCCAGCUGGAGAACCUGCUCUGCAAAGUGAAUGAAGCAGCUCCAGAAAAGCCACAGGAAGACUCGGGGACAGCGGGAGGCAUCAGCUCCACCUCAGCCAGUGUGAAUCGCUACAUCCUACAGCUGGCUCAAGAGUACUGUGGAGACUGUAAGAACUCGUUUGAUGAACUCUCCAAAAUCAUCCAGAAAGUUUUUGCUUCACGCAAAGAGCUAUUGGAGUAUGAUCUACAGCAAAGAGAAGCAGCCACCAAGUCAUCCCGGACGUCUGUGCAGCCCACGUUCACUGCCAGCCAGUACCGUGCUUUGUCUGUCUUAGGCUGUGGCCACACCUCCUCUACCAAGUGCUAUGGCUGUGCCUCAGCUGUCACAGAGCAUUGUAUCACACUACUGAGGGCCCUGGCCACCAAUCCAGCCCUGAGGCACAUCCUCGUCUCCCAGGGCCUCAUCCGAGAGCUCUUUGAUUACAACCUUCGCCGAGGUGCUGCAGCCAUUCGUGAGGAGGUCCGCCAGCUCAUGUGUCUCCUGACUAGAAAGGGGACUGUGGUAGUUUCCUCUCAUCGAAGACCCCUCAAAACCAAAGAUGUAGUUUUGCUCCUGGGAAGAAGAGACAACCCGGAGGCCACCCAGCAAAUGAAUGACCUGAUCCUCGGCAAAGUCUCCACAGCACUGAAGGGCCACUGGGCUAACCCUGACCUGGCUAGCAGCCUUCAGUAUGAGAUGCUGCUGCUGACAGAUUCCAUCUCCAAGGAGGACAGCUGCUGGGAACUCCGCUUACGUUGUGCACUCAGCCUUUUCCUCAUGGCUGUGAACAUCAAAACGCCAGUGGUUGUUGAGAAUAUUACCCUCAUGUGUCUGCGGAUCUUACAGAAGCUGAUUAAACCACCUGCCCCCACCAGCAAGAAGAACAAGGACGUCCCUGUUGAGGCCCUCACCACAGUGAAACCGUACUGCAAUGAGAUCCACGCGCAGGCCCAGCUAUGGCUCAAGAGAGAUCCCAAGGCAUCCUAUGAAGCCUGGAAGAAGUGCCUGCCUAUCCGAGGGGUGGAUGGCAACGGGAAAUCCCCCAGCAAGGCAGAGCUCCACCGGCUCUACUUGACUGAGAAGUAUGUGUGGAGGUGGAAACAGUUCCUGAGCCGCCGGGGGAAGAGGACCACCCCACUGGACCUCAAGCUGGGCCACAACAACUGGCUGCGACAGGUACUCUUUACCCCAGCAACACAGGCAGCACGGCAGGCAGCCUGUACCAUCGUGGAAGCUCUUGCUACUGUCCCCAGCCGCAAGCAGCAGGUCCUUGACCUCCUCACCAGUUACCUGGACGAGCUCAGUGUGGCCGGGGAGUGUGCUGCAGAGUACCUGGCUCUCUACCAGAAGCUCAUUGCCUCGUGCCACUGGAAAGUCUACCUUGCUGCGCGGGGAGUCCUGCCCUAUGUGGGCAACCUCAUCACCAAGGAGAUCGCCCGCCUGCUGGCCUUGGAGGAGGCCACGCUGAGCACGGACCUGCAGCAGGGAUAUGCCCUCAAGAGUCUCACAGGCCUUCUCUCCUCCUUUGUAGAGGUGGAAUCCAUCAAGAGGCAUUUUAAGAGCCGCUUGGUGGGCACUGUGCUGAAUGGGUACCUGUGCUUGCGGAAGCUAGUGCUGCAGAGGACCAAGCUCAUUGACGAGACCCAGGACAUGCUGUUGGAGAUGCUGGAGGACAUGACCACAGGUACAGAGUCUGAAACCAAGGCCUUCAUGGCUGUGUGCAUCGAGACAGCCAAGCGCUACAAUCUGGAUGACUACCGGACCCCUGUGUUCAUCUUUGAGAGACUGUGCAGCAUCAUCUACCCUGAGGAGAACGAAGUCACUGAGUUCUUCGUGACCCUGGAGAAGGACCCCCAGCAAGAGGACUUUCUACAGGGCAGGAUGCCUGGAAACCCUUACAGCAGCAAUGAACCAGGCAUCGGGCCUCUAAUGAGGGACAUCAAGAACAAGAUCUGCCAGGACUGCGACCUGGUGGCUCUGCUGGAGGACGACAGUGGGAUGGAGCUCCUAGUGAACAAUAAAAUUAUCAGUCUGGAUCUUCCUGUGGCUGAGGUUUAUAAGAAGGUCUGGUGUACGACCAAUGAGGGAGAGCCCAUGAGGAUUGUUUAUCGGAUGCGGGGGCUACUGGGCGAUGCCACCGAGGAGUUUAUCGAGUCCCUAGACUCCACCACAGAUGAAGAAGAAGACGAAGAGGAAGUGUACAGAAUGGCCAGUGUGAUGGCCCAGUGCGGGGGUCUGCAGUGCAUGCUGAACAGACUGGCAGGAGUCAAAGAUUUUAAGCAGGGUCGCCACCUUCUAACAGUGCUGCUGAAGCUGUUCAGUUACUGUGUGAAGGUCAAAGUCAACCGGCAGCAGCUGGUCAAGCUGGAAAUGAACACUUUGAAUGUCAUGCUGGGGACUUUAAACUUGGCUCUGGUAGCUGAGCAAGAGAGCAAGGACAGCGGAGGAGCAGCUGUGGCCGAGCAGGUGCUAAGCAUCAUGGAGAUCAUUCUAGAUGAGUCCAACGCAGAGCCCCUGAGUGAGGACAAGGGCAACCUCCUCCUCACGGGUGACAAGGAUCAGCUGGUGAUGCUCUUGGACCAGAUCAACAGCACCUUCGUUCGAUCCAACCCUAGUGUGCUGCAGGGCUUGCUGCGUAUCAUCCCAUACCUGUCCUUCGGAGAGGUGGAGAAGAUGCAGAUCCUGGUGGAGCGGUUCAAGCCAUACUGCAGCUUCGAUAAGUAUGAUGAAGACCACAGUGGGGACGACAAAGUCUUCCUGGAUUGCUUCUGCAAAAUUGCUGCCGGCAUCAAGAACAACAGCAAUGGCCAUCAGCUGAAGGAUCUCAUCCUGCAGAAGGGAAUCACCCAGAGUGCCCUGGACUACAUGAAAAAGCAUAUCCCCAGUGCCAAGAAUUUGGAUGCUGACAUCUGGAAAAAGUUUUUGUCUCGCCCUGCUCUGCCAUUUAUUUUGAGGCUUCUUCGGGGUCUGGCCAUGCAGCACCCUGCCACCCAGGUUCUGAUUGGAACGGACUCCAUCACAAGCCUGCAUAAGCUGGAGCAGGUGUCCAGCGACGAGGGCAUUGGGACCCUUGCUGAGAACCUGCUGGAGGCCCUGCGAGAACACCCAGAUGUGAACAAGAAGAUCGACGCAGCCCGCAGGGAGACCCGGGCGGAGAAGAAGCGCAUGGCUAUGGCCAUGAGGCAGAAGGCUCUGGGAACUCUGGGCAUGACGACAAACGAAAAGGGUCAGGUGGUGACCAAGACCGCACUCCUGAAGCAGAUGGAAGAGCUGAUCGAGGAGCCGGGACUCACGUGCUGCAUCUGCAGGGAGGGGUACAAGUUCCAGCCCACGAAGGUCUUGGGCAUUUACACUUUCACCAAGCGGGUAGCCUUGGAGGAGAUGGAGAACAAGCCUCGGAAACAGCAGGGCUAUAGCACCGUGUCCCAUUUCAACAUCGUGCACUACGACUGCCACCUGGCCGCCGUCAGUUGCUUGUCCCUGCUCUCCUCCCUGUCCCCAUCCAGGUUGGCUAGAGGCCGGGAAGAGUGGGAGAGUGCCGCCCUACAGAACGCCAACACAAAGUGCAAUGGACUCCUUCCGGUCUGGGGCCCCCACGUCCCCGAAUCAGCUUUUGCCACUUGUUUAGCAAGGCACAACACUUACCUCCAGGAGUGCACCGGGCAGCGGGAGCCGACGUACCAGCUCAACAUCCAUGACAUCAAACUGCUCUUCCUGCGCUUCGCCAUGGAGCAGUCGUUCAGCGCUGACACCGGCGGGGGUGGUCGCGAGAGCAACAUCCACCUGAUCCCGUACAUCAUCCACACCGUGCUUUACGUCCUGAACACGACCCGGGCAACAUCCCGCGAGGAGAAGACCCUGCAAGGCUUCCUGGAGCAGCCCAAGGAGAAGUGGACAGAGAGUGCCUUCGAUGUGGACGGGCCCCACUACUUCACCAUCCUAGCCCUGCAUGUCCUCCCCCCGGAGCAGUGGAAAGCCACUCGAGUGGAGCUCCUACGCAGGCUGCUGGUGGCCUCGCACGCCCGGGCAGUGGCUCCAGGAGGAGCCACCAGGUUGACAGACAAGGCGGUGAAGGACUACUCUGCCUACCGCUCCUCCCUGCUCUUCUGGGCCCUCGUCGACCUCAUGUAUAACAUGUUUAAGAAGGUGCCCACUAGUAACACUGAGGGCGGCUGGUCCUGCUCUCUGGCCGAGUACAUCCGCCACAAUGACAUGCCCAUCUACGAAGCUGCCGACAAAGCCCUGAAAACCUUCCAGGAGGAGUUCAUGCCCGUGGAGACCUUCUCAGAGUUCCUUGACGCCGCAGGUCUUCUAUCAGAAAUCACCGAUCCAGAGAGCUUCCUAAAGGACCUGUUGAACUCAGUCCCCUGACCAUCCCCAUGGAAAUGAGAUCACGGUGCCGAGAUUGAAGCUAGCUUGCAUCCUCCCCUCAUUCAUCUCCGUGUGCACUCAUUUCCCCCACGGAUGCUGCAUUAGCCCCCUCCUCCCUCAGUUUCUGGGAGUGGCUUGGGGUCUGUAGGCUUCCUGUUCUAUCGCGUGUGUGUGUGCUGCGCUGGCUAUGAAAUUGUCUAUAGCCCAAGCCAUUGAAGGACCUAUACGUACCCAGGAGCUGUGAGCUGUCCCGGCCAGCUUGAGUGUGUACAUCCUGAAAUAAAUGAAUGACUUAGUACACAUGG